GUGUCAUGGCAACAAAGUGGGAGGGGCAAUUACUAGAGCCGAUAGUGGUCCUGUUUCCAUGGACACUGUGGUUGACUAGCUACCAGUAAAGGUUUUGUAAAGCAAGUUAAAAUACACGUUUUAGAGUAUCCCAGACGCAGCGAUGGGGAUAUCAUUGACCAGGGCUGCCCAGUGGACCAUGGUCAGCUCCAGUACUGCCAAGCUGGCAUCCACACCAAUGAAUGAGUCCUUGUUGAAAGAAAUCCUGCACUUCGUGGAGCGCUUUAGUUCCCAACACCCACAGGAAGCUGAACAUGUGUUUGAGGAGCCACUCCAGUGGAAUACCACUUUAGUGGCGUCUGAUUUCAAAACAGACUACGACAUCAGUGAUUCAGAUGUUCAGUCCCACGAAAGAGAUAGUGAGGGCCAUCCACUGCUGCAGCUCUCUCCACCGACUGUUUAUGUACGCAGCUUCAGCCAGCUCUCUAAACUACUUCAUCUGGCAGAUGAUAAGAAGUUGGUGGAGGUUCGGGCAUGUCUAGAAGAAAACAGAGAGCCCCUGGUUAAGAUUCUUGGUAGGAGCUUUUCCUCUGACCUGGCGAUAGAAGCCCAUGACGAUGCAGUAAGUGUGGUAGACAGGACGAAGGAGGAAGGCUUAUCUAAGGACUUGGAGGUCAAGGUCAAACUGUUUCAGUUGUUCCAAGACAUGGACAAACAGAUCCUUGACAAGCUUCUUAAAGACAUAUCAGAAAGACAAGUAAGGCUGAACCCCAAAGCAGUGAAGAAUGAAGUGGAAAUCCUUCAAGUGUUCUGCGGUGGAGGGGAUAAAGGGCUGUUGAAGUCGCUGCGAUACACAUCAGACUUUGAAUUUUCAAAUGGCUAUCGUGCCCCCCUGUGGAGACAGGUGCAGGGUGACAUUUGCUACCUUGUGAUUGAGCCCUGUGACACUGAAACCCUCUACAUUACCUGUAGCACUGCUGGGAGUUUCCUCAAUGGGGGCAUAAAACAGGAGGGGGAGGAGAAUGGAUAUGAGCGAACAAGUGAUACUUAUGAAGACCUGGUAACACUUCUGAAGAGCAGAUCUCCACAUUUUGCUGAGAAAAUAAACCAGCAGGCUUCUGCAGUUCAAGAACGAUCAAAAAAAGAAAAGACUGUGAAUGAGCAACUACAGCUUGAGCUGCACACAACACGUAGGAACAUAUAUGAACCAAGACCAAGUGGUAUCUUGUCUACAUGUGGUAAAACAGAGGAAAAUAAAGGCCAUAAGAGUUCUGAAGAGGAGGAAAAAAGUCUUAGACAAGGAGCCAAGAGCAAAAUAAAAGCAGAAUUCUCUGCAUCUUCUUCACCUGGACACAUGUCCUCCCAAAAACGUAAAACAGAGGAAAAUAAACCCCUUAAGAGUUCUGAAGAUGAGCACAAAAAUCUAAGACAAAGAGCCAAGAGCAAGACGAAAGCAGAAUUAUCUGCAUCUUCUUCACCUGGACAUGUGUCUUCCCAGAAACUGAAGACAUCAGCAGGAGCCCUGCCAGGGGAACUUUUCAGUGAGAGCUCCACUGAGAGUGAAGAGGAAGAGGAGCAGCCAUAUCGACAUCCAGAGACUAACACAGACCUGCCCUCUGAAUACUGGCAAAUCCAGAAACUGGUUAGGUAUCUCAAGGAUGGUGACCAGAUAGUCACUGUUGACACUCUUUGUGCCAUGAUGGACUUUAAUUUGAUGCAGGAGUCAUGCCAAAUGGCUAUCCAGGACACAGGUGGCCUUAAAGUCCUCCUUAACUUGCUGGAUACAGAUGAACACAAAUGCAAAAUCGGAUCUCUAAAAAUACUGAGAACCAUCAGCCACAACUCGCAAAUCCGUCGGGUUAUUGUUGACAUGAGAGGCGUGCAGAGCAUAGUGAAGAUCCUGGACUCACCAGUCAAGGAACUGAAGGCCUUAGCUGCUGAGACCAUCGCUAACGUGGCCAAGUUCCGCAGAGCAAGAAGAAAUGUCAGGUUAUAUGGUGGUAUCAAUAAACUGGUAAAGCUGCUGGACUGCCUUCCUAAUUUAGCCAGCCUUACUCCCAGCCAGGAGGAGGAUAUAGAGGUGGCCUGUUGUGGGGCUUUAGCAUUAUGGAGCUGCAGCAGGAGCACCAAGAACAAGAAGGCCAUUCGGAAGGCUGGGGGUAUCCCUCUGCUGGGACGCCUGCUCAAGUCUCCACUUCAGAAAAUGCUUAUUCCAGUGGUUGGCACCCUACAGGAAUGUGCAUCAGAGGAGAGCUACAGGACUGACAUUCAGACUUUAGGCAUGAUCAAAGAUUUGGUCAGAAACCUAAGCAGUGACAACGAUGAGCUACAAAUGCACUGUGCCAGUGCUAUCUUUAAGUGUGCAGAGGAUAAGCAAACCCGUGACCUGGUGCGCAAGUAUAAAGGUCUGCAGCCACUGGUCUCACUGCUGCAUAAAGCAGGCAACAAGCAACUUCUGGCUGCUGCUACCGGAGCAAUAUGGAAAUGUUCCAUAAGCCAGGAGAAUGUAACUAAGUUUCAAGAGUACAAAGCCUUGGAGAUCUUGGUGAAUCUACUAACUGAUCAACCUGAAGAAGUCUUGGUCAAUGUAGUGGGAGCCCUGGGGGAAUUUGCCCAGAUACCUGCUAACAAGGCUGCCAUCCGUGAGUUUGGAGGCAUCAAACCACUAGUUAAGUUGCUCACAAGCCCAAACCAGGCGCUGCUUGUGAAUGUUACCAAAGCAGUGGGUGCCUGUGCAACAAAUAAGGAUAACAUGGUAAUCAUUGACCAGCUUGAUGGAAUCCGUCUGGUGUGGUCGCUGCUAAAAAACCCCAGUGCAGAUGUUCAGUCUAGUGCUGCUUGGGCUCUUUGUGCAUGCAUUGAAAAUGCAGAGGAUGCAGGAGAAACUGCACGCUCGCUCAUCGGUGGAUUCCAACUGAUUGUUAAAUUGCUGAGCUCAACAAACAAUGAGGUGUUGGCAAGUAUUUGUGCUGCCAUCUGCAAAAUAGCCAAAGAUGAGGAGAAUCUGGCAAUCCUCACUGAUUUCGGGGUCGUCCCAUCGCUGGCCAAGCUGACUAACACAACUCAUGACAGGCUCCGUCACCAUCUUGCUGAUGCCAUCGCACAGUGCUGCAUGUGGGGCAGCAAUAGGGCAUCAUUUGGUGAGGCUGGAGCUGUGGCACCACUUGUGCGUAACCUUAAGUCGAAAGAAGGCUCGGUCCAGCGGAGCACAGCCAUGGCCCUGUAUCAGCUGUCAAGGAAUCCCAACAACUGUAUUACCAUGCAUGAAAAAGAAGUAGUUCAGCCACUGAUCCACAUGAUGGGAUCCGAUGACGAGGAGCUUCAGGAAGCUGCUGCCGGCUGUGUGCGCAGCAUCCGACUACUGUACAUGGCUAACAGGAAUGCUGAGUUAUUCACUUUUAGAAACUGAUCACAGCAACACCCCUGGAUAUGCAAGAGGGACUAUACAAAAAUGAUCAGCGCAGUUAUGUAAUGUGUUACUUUAAAGAACUGUGUUUUUCCAGGCUUAUCAAAUUUAGUUUGGAACAUUUAAUUGUUAGAAAAAAAAAUCCUACACUUUCUGCUCUAAUAACGAAAUUGUUCACUGAACUGUCUUUCAGAUAUAUUCUAUCUGUUGGUUUCAAAUAAACUGCUUUACCUUGA